CUACCGCUGGUUUUCAAUGGAUCGAAACCUAUCGCCUGUUAAUAAUUACUUCGUAACGACAUUUUGACGGUAGCCUGGAAAAAAAGAGAAAAACAUUGUACAAAUUCGUAGUUCAAGUCCUCUUUAUUUGCAUCCCAUAACCGCAACUGAUCUGUAAACCCAUGUGUAAACCAUUACCUGGUAUUUGUCGCACAAGUGUGACGUCACAGAUCACGUUUGCUGCCUUAGCUGGCGAUAACGCCCGUCUUUCUAAAUGAAAAUAUUGUUUAUAUCAAUCUGUUGUUCAUGCUUCUAAGACGGCCAUACCACUUUACCGUAAAGCGGGAAUAGACACGAUAUUCGCAGGAUGCAGCCCCUCAAGGAUGCCCAGCUGGGGGCUUUUACCUUCUUUGCCUCGGCGCUCCCCCAUGAUGUGUGCGGCAGCAACGGCCUCCCCCUGACCCCCAACUCCAUCAAAAUCCUGGGACGUUUCCAGAUCCUGAAGACCGUCACCCAUCCCAGACUCUGCCAGUAUGUGGACAUCUCCAGAGGAAAGCAUGAACGUCUCAUCGUUGUUGCUGAAAACUACGAGAGCAGUUUGAGUGAUCUCCAAAAACACGGUUACAAAGUCAGCCCAGAGAGGGUUCUGCAGAUCGCCUACGAGGUCCUGGAAGGCCUGGCCUUUAUGAACAAACAUGGUAUGGUGCACAGAGCCCUCAGUGUGCACAAUGUGCUACUGGAUUGCAAGGGAAACAUCAAGCUGGCAAAGUUUGGCCUCUAUCACAUGACCGAUUACGGCGCUGAUGUGGACUUUCCAAUUGGGUACCCAUCAUACCUUGCUCCAGAGGUGAUUGCGCAGGGCUGCUUUCACCCCAGUGACCCUUCCCACGAUGAAGCCCCGCGGCCCUCGGGACCCAAAACUGACGUGUGGUCACUUGGCGUUCUGCUGUUUGAACUUUGUGCUGGUCGACGGCUGCUGCACAACAUAGACAUAAGUGAGAGGCUGAAGUUCAUUCUAACUCUGGGCUGCAUGGAUGACAUUGUCACAGUCCUCGCUGAAGAGCACGGCUGCCUGGAAAACAUUAAGGAGCUGCCCGAGAAGGUUCUAGGGUUGCUGCGGAAAUGCUUGACCUUCCUUCCUUCCAAUCGACCGAGUCCAGCCGAGCUGUUGGGGGACGCCGUGUUCGAUGGCGUGUCGUGCCUCUACAAGCCCUUCCAGAAGCCCGUGAGCCUGUUCUCGUCCUCGCUACGCUGCGCACAUCUGGAGCUCCCCGAGGACAUCGGUGACUUUUGCAAAGACGAAGACGACGACUACCUCUCAGAGCGGGCCAUCAAUGAGGUGUACCACCUGUGGUGCCUUGCAGGGGGGGACCUCGAGAAGGAGCUGACCAACAAGGAGAUCAUCCAGUCCAAACCUCCCAUCUGCACGCUCCCCAAUUUUGUCCUGGAGGACGGAGAGUCGUUCGGCCAGGGCAGGGAUCGCAGUUUCUUGCUGGAUGACACCACGGUGACGCUUUCUCUGUGCCAGCUCAGGAAUAGGCUGAAGGAUGUCGCAGGAGAAGCUUAUUUCCCUCUGCUGGAGGAUGAACGUUCAAAUCUGACGCACUCCAACAGCGCCAACGAGCUCUCUUCCACUGUCACGCUACCGCUCAUCAUCCGAGAGAGAGACACUGAGUACCAACUCAUUCGUGUCAUCCUCUUUGACAGGCUGCUCAAGGCUUAUCCUUACAAGAAGAACCUGGUGUACAAAGAGGCCAGGGUAGACAUCCCCCCUCUUGUGCGUGGACUAGCCUGGGCAGCACUGCUGGGCAUUGAGGGGGACAUUCAGGCCAAAUACGCAAGCAUCGACAAGGACACGCCCAUUCCAACUGACAGACAGAUCGAAGUGGACAUCCCACGCUGCCACCAGUACGACGAGCUGCUGUCCUCCCCGCAGGGUCACGUCAAGUUCAGGCGCGUCUUGAAAGCCUGGGUGGUCUCCCAUCCCGACCUGGUCUACUGGCAGGGUUUGGAUUCUCUUUGCGCCCCAUUUCUUUACUUGAAUUUUAACAAUGAGGCAUUAGCAUACGCUUGUAUGUCCGCCUUCAUCCCAAAAUACCUCUACAACUUUUUCCUGAAGGACAACUCACACGUCAUCCAAGAGUACCUGACUGUCUUUUCGCAAAUGAUUGCCUUUCAUGACCCCGAGCUCAGCAACCACCUGAACGACAUCGGCUUCAUCCCUGACCUGUAUGCCAUUCCUUGGUUCCUGACAAUGUUCACACAUGUGUUCCCGCUGCACAAGAUAUUCCACCUGUGGGACACGCUGCUACUGGGGAACUCGUCGUUCCCUUUCUGUAUCGGCAUAGCCAUAUUGCAGCAGCUCAGGGACCGCCUUCUUGCCAAUGGCUUCAACGAGUGCAUCCUGCUGUUCUCUGACCUGCCAGAAAUUGACAUCGAACGCUGUGUCCGUGAAUCUAUCAACCUCUUCUUCUGGACACCAAAAAGUGCCACAUACAGACAACAUGCGCAGCCACCGAAAGUCUCUGGUGACAAUGGCUUUGAAAAAAAUGCAACAUACUACUCGUCUAACGACCGGGAUUUUCCCAAGACGGACCUAUCUCGGGAGCCUCUUGUGCUGUUCGACCUGAAAGCUGAAGUGUCCCCUCGCAUCUCGGCAGAGGACUUCAUCGACCUGUGCGAGAUGUCAUACGCCGCAAAUAACCGGACCAAAGCCAGCAGGCCACAAAUGAUUGCUGUUGACAUUCGCAGUGCAGAGGACUUCAACAGAGGCCACAUGUCUGGAAGCAUUAACAUUCCCUUCAGCACAACAUUCGGCUUCGAUGACGAGGUGCUACAGUGUCCAGCAACGGGAACCCUCCACAACUACAGAGGACGGGUCAUCGUCAUCAUUGGCCACGUCAUAAAAAGUGCUUCUGUGUUUGCUGCACACCUUGUCAAGGUGAACUUCCCACGGGUUUGCAUCCUGGAUGGAGGGAUCAAUAAGCUGAAGCCCACAGGACUCCUGACUGUACCUUCCCCUCAGAUCUGACCCAAGAGUCAGCUGGGAAAGACUAUGUACAUAUUUGAAGUUGUUUGUUUUGAUAGUGAUAUGAUUAAAGAGUGGAUCCACCCCAAUAACAUUGUUACGUAUGUAGCUUGGCAGUGAAAAUGAAAAAGAUACAGUGGAACUUCUUAUGUCGAAUGAGAUAGUAGUGUAUUUCCAAAAUAUUUGGGGGGAAAUUCACCUUGGAAGUCACAUAAAACCCCAGAGUUUGAACAAUUAUUAUGAAUCACCCCUGCACAUCUAGAAACUUGAGCUUAGUGGGUCUCUGAAAAAAUUUACUCCGAAAGCAUUUCGCUUCUGGUUGUGUUGUCACAGGAAAAGUAUGAUGACCACAGAAGAAAGAAUUAUUGCGACUUGUGAGAAUUGUGAAAAACCUUGCAUUAAAAUCUUAUUGCAAUAUUUUUCCAACAUUUAUUAAUCCAUUUAUAAAUGAAUCCAUUUAUUAAUCCAUCCAUCCAUCCAUCCAUUUUCUGAGCCGCUUAUCCUCACAAGGGUCGUAGGCGUGCUAUCCCAGCUAUCAUCGGGCAGGAGGCGGGGUACACCCUGAACUGGUUGCCAGCCAAUUGCAGGGCACAUACAAACAAACAACCAUUCGCACUUACAUUCACACCUACGGGCAAUUUAGAGUGUCCAAUUAAUGCAUUAUUUGGGGAUGUGGGAGGAAACCGGAGUGGCCGGAGAAAACCCACGCAGGCACGGGGAGAAUAUGCAAACUCCACACAGGUGGGGUCGGUGAUUGAACCCCGCUCCUCAGAACUGUGAGGCCGACGCUCUAACCAGUCGGCGACCGUGCCGCCCCAUUUAUUAAUCAGAGUUGUAAUGCAUGGGAAAUUAUAGCAUCCAGUCACUCAUCCUGUGUAGUGAGAUCAGGUGGUCGCGGUGUAAAGGAUGCCAGCUCGCACUGUACAAAAUGAAUGUCACACUGCACUCCCUCGGAAGCCUUAAAGAGGGCUGUGCCAAGAAAGCUCGUGGCCCCGACUUUUAGCUUGGCGGUUAGCGUACUCGGCUCCCAACUGGUGAGGCGUCAGCAGCACAUGUUCAAAGCCAGAUGUGGUUGGACAUAGCAGGAUUGCUACUGUUAUACUUUCCUUCUCCUAUUCCCUUCUUUUUUUAAAUCUGGUCCGAUAUCCUGAUAGCUGGGAUAGGCUCCAGCACGCCCGCGACCCUAGUGAGGAGAAGCGGCUCAGAAAAUGAAUGGAUGGAUGGAUGGAUGGAUGGAUGGAUGGUCCGAUAUCCUUUACUUUGCAUCCACCUUCAAUCGCUUAUGUGAUAGAGGCCUGGCAAUUUUUUUUUUUUGUGUAAUCGACACUCCAGUGGAAACAUUUCGAAAAAGUGUUAUUUUCCUUGUCUACACGGUCUACCUACGACACAAUAACCUCAAUUUCCGCUGUUGUGAAAUUUCUUCUUUUAGGUUUUGUGGCCAACUCUCUAAACUUCAAACCUCCUGGCAGUAGUCACUGAAAAUGUCUUGGCGGGAAAACAUGCAGCAAUUCUAAACCUCUGACUCGAGGUACUACAAGCUUUUUCCAUCUACAGUUAGGUCCAGAAGUGUUUGGACCAUGACAAUAAUGUGUUUUAAUCAUUUUGCCUUUAUACACAACCACCAGCCCAAAUGAACUGCAGUACUACAGCACUACAGGUACAUUUAAGUUGGGAAUUACUUUUAUCGCGAUUCUUUGGAGCAGGAAUAUUGGUUUGGCACAAGGCCAAAGAAUCAAACUGUGGCUCUGCAUGAGCGUGAGAAUGUGCAGGGAAGUGGAAUGAGGAAGGAAGGCUCUCACUUACUGAAAUGCUCAAGGGUUUAAAUCCAGGUGAGGCGAUGACAAAAUAUGUGGUGAAAACAGAACCAGGGAAACAAGUAGCAAGGGGAGAAAAAAAUCAAUGAAACUGCCAAUAGAACUAGUAUGGACUGACUUGAUAAGAUUAUUCAAAUAAGAUCUUGGAUCUUAAAACAAGUCUUUUUGUCUUGCUGACAAUUUAGAAAAAAAGUCAGAACUGUCUUAAAAUAAGUACAGUACAAUGUUUCAACAAGAAAUAAGAUAAAUUCACGUAAGAUUUUGUAUUUUUGCUUUGUAAAAUGUAUAGCAGCCUAUAAGAGUUGUUGACGUGUCACGUUCUUUUCUAAUUUAAACUGAAACUCUAAUGGAUGUGGCAUGUUAAAGAGGUGAUUUCUGAGGGAAAACUAGUUUGAAACACAGUAGAGGAUGUGUA